AUGGAACUUGAUUUCCUAUCACCUAGAGCAAGAGAAAUAAACAAGAAAAAACUGAGUCUUUUGUAUUCUCUAAAAAACCAGAAUAUUGAUUAAAAUGACCCUAUUAAUGAAAACGUUCCCUUCAUUAAAAAGCUUUCAACCGAUCAUCCAUUGAACGAUGUAAUUAAGGAGUGCUAAAACAAUGUGAGAGAGGGUUUCUUAACUCCGUUAACAAAUGUAUGCAAUAUAACCAUUUAAGAGGUCUUCCAAUUCUCUAGAAUUCACCGCAAACAUGUUUGUUGAAGAAUUAUUGGACAGCAUCAAAAUAAAGCAUCUAAAAAUACUACAGUUAGAUGAACUAAUCACUAAUUUUAAAAACAACAUAGAAAUUCUUCAAAAAAUAGAAGUUAACAAACUAUUAAUCCCUUCCAAAGAAUUUUAUGAAAUCUUUAUACUCAAUUAACCUAACAAUGAUCAUUAUCAAUUGUAUUUAAAUGAUCAAAAAUUGUACCCUUAAUAAUGGUCUACUUGUCCAUUUGAUGCCAAACAAAAAUUAAAUUUUGCUUUAUUCUCUAGUAAUAAUAAAAUGCUUGAAGCUGUUUCAGUUGACAUGAUUUAUGUAUCAUUUAAUACUUAUCUUUAGUAAAUAUGUCACAAUUGUGUAAAACUUUAAUCAAAUGAAUAUCGCUAGAUACUCCAAAUUAGAUUUUUAGAGGAUUCAGAUAAUCCUAUUAUUUAUGAUUUAAAGUAUUAAAAACUAUUUAAUUAUAGGAUUUCAUUAUUGUACAACAUGACAAAUGAAUUUAAGAAAACAAUAAUUAAAACUUUGAAAGAAGAGAUUCAAGAAAUAGAUCACAAAAUUUUAGAUAUGAUAGAAGUCAUAAAUAGAAUGUUGGAACCUUUUUCUAAUCAUGGAUUCAAAUAUUUAAGAUAUGAUGGUUUAAUUGACAAUUAAAGCAUGUCAAAAAAUAGAAAUCAUUGUUGUAGCAUUUUCUGAUCAUAU